AUGACAGGAAACGAGUCCCUCCUAGCUCCGCGCCCCUCCUCUGAACUCUCCUCCAUCCGAAACGCCGAAGAAGAAGAUGCCCUCCUGACCGGCGAGCGAACGACUCGCCGUAACGAACCACGCCGAGGAUUGGGCUUUUGGGGACAAGUUGGGACAUUUGCUUGGGCGGCUAUCGCAACCAUCUUGGUGAUCGUGCUCGCGGUGGUAUACCAACAUGAGGCUGCUAAGAAUCGACGUGCUCCUUCCCACGAAGUCUGGGGUCCUGGCGGCAAGCCGACAGGCAAGCGAAACCUGAUCUUCAUGGUGUCUGAUGGCAUGGGACCUACCAGUUUAUCGAUGACGAGAAGCUUCCGACAGUUGACAGAGAGUCUACCGAUUGAUGAUAUCUUGGUCUUGGAUAAGCACUACAUUGGUCAGUCCCGAACACGGUCUAGCAACAGCCUGGUGACGGACUCGGCGGCUGGUGCGACGGCGUUCACCUGCGCCAAUAAGAGUUACAAUGGAGCCAUUUCCGUGCUCCCAGACCACUCCCCUUGCGGCACUGUGCUCGAGGCCGCUAAGCUGGCGGGAUAUCACACUGGCCUGGUUGUCACGACUCGCAUCACAGACGCGACUCCGGCCUGCUUUGCUUCGCAUGCCAAUCUGCGUCAGUACGAGGAUAGCAUUGCGGAGCAGGAAGCUGGUGAACACCCGCUGGGCCGGGUGGUUGACCUAAUUCUGGGUGGUGGACGAUGCCAUUUCCUGCCCAACUCGACAGAGGGUAGCUGCCGUGCCGAUGACCGAGAUAUUGUCGAACUCGCGUCUCAGAAUGGAUUCCAUUACUUGCAGGACCGGACUGCUUUUGAUGCACUCAACGGUGGUGCCAAGGCUAAACUCCCUCUGAUGGGUCUCUUUGCCGAGAAGGACAUUCCUUUUGAAAUCGAUCGCCGCUCGCAGAAUGACGUUUAUCCUUCUUUGGAAGAGAUGGCUCGCACUGCUUUGACUACGCUUAGCGAGGCCACUCGGGACAGCGAGCAGGGCUUCUUCCUUAUGAUUGAGGGUUCCCGCAUUGACCAUGCUGGCCAUGGCAAUGACCCUGCCGCGCAGGUUCACGAAGUCAUUGCGUUCGACAAGGCAUUUGCAGCAGUACUUGAGUUCCUCGAGAAAGAUGACACGCCCGGCGUGCUCGUUAGCACAUCCGACCAUGAAACUGGUGGUCUUGCUGCUGCUCGCCAGCUCCACACCUCAUAUCCCGAGUAUCUGUGGUUGCCCCGUAUCUUGGCAAAUGCUGAACACUCCAGCGAGUAUGUCGCUGCCAAGCUGAGCAAUCAUCUCUUGGAGGCUGGCAAGCACGAUGAUGACUCGAAGAAGAAGGCGUAUAUUCGCAAGACCUUGCUGGAGAAAGACCUUGGGAUCAGUGAUGCUACUGACGAGGAGGUCAAUGCUUUGCUCCACCCUGAGGAAGGCGUCUCUCGUCAGUACCUCUUUGCGGACAUGAUUAGCCGCCGUGCGCAGAUUGGCUGGUCCACUCACGGACACUCUGCUGCCGAUGUCAACAUCUACGCAUCAUCCAGCAAGGAUGCUUGGCCAUUGGUCGGUAACAACGAGAACACCGACGUGGGCGCCUUCCUGGCCAACUAUCUGGACCUGGACGUCGAUGCCGUCACCAAGCGCCUCAAGUCCGCCGCCUACUGGACUGCAUCUGGCGAGGAGUCCACCACCCAGGAAAAGUAUAACUGGAUGGGUGAUCCGGUCGGCUCGACCGUCCGGACCGAGGGCCUUGACACGUACCAUGGCGAUUUCAAGAAGCGAUCCCUUGAUGAUUGUGGCUGUGGGGCAGUCCACUAA